AUCAAAGUAGCUAGUUGAUGAAAGAGUUACAAUUAAAAAUAUAUAGGUCAUAUGCUGUACAAAUAAUUUAUUUUUAUGCAAUGGCAGAAGAAGCCUGCAGCCAUAAAAAAAUUGACUGAAGCCCCGACCAAGCUGAUCAAGUCAGAAAGCGACAAUCUAUAUAUUUCAGAUUGAAGACUAGCAUCAUCAGUUUCUCCACUACCCCAAUUUCACCAUGGCUUCAAAGUUAGAUCAGCUUCAUUUUGUUUUGAUACCCUUAAUGUCCCCUGGCCACCUUUUACCGAUGACAGACAUGGCAAGACUGUUGGCAGAACAUGGCGUGAUUGUUUCGAUUGUUACCACACCCCUUAAUACCAUAAGAUUCAAGUCCACCAUUGAACGUGCUGUUGAGUCUGGUCUCCACAUUCGACUUCUCCAACUCCAAUUUCCAUCAGAUCCGCUUGGCUUGCCAGAGGGGUGUGAAAACAUGGACCAGCUUCCUUCCCGUGACUUGAUCAAGAACUUUUUCAAGGCUGCUAGCAUGCUACAGCAACCAUUUGAGCAACUCUUCAAUGAAUUACAACCCCGGCCUAGCUGCAUAAUAUCCGGUAAGAAUCUACCUUGGACAGUUGACACUGCUCUCAAGUUUAAUGUUCCAAGGAUUUUCUUUGAUGGAAUGGGUUGCUUUUCUUUCUCCUGUACUCAUAAUUUAGAGGUUUCUAAGGUGCAUGAAACUAUGUCUAAGUUUGAGUCCUUUUUGGUACCUGGCUUGCCUCAUCGAAUAGAAUUAACAAAAGCUAAGUUGCCUGAAAAUCUCAAUCCUGGCUCAAAUGAUUUGACAAAUAUGCGUAGUAACAUUAGAGCAGUUGAGCUAAUAGCUGACGGAAUUGUGGUCAAUACUUUUGAAGAACUAGAGAGUGAAUAUGUCAAAGAAUAUAAAUCAGUUAAAGGAGACAACGUUUGGUGUAUUGGCCCGCUUUCAGCUUGCAACAAGUUGAAUUCAGACAAAGCCGAGAGAGGUCAAAAGGCCUCAAUAGAUGACAACCAGUGCUUGAAGCCCUGGCUUGACUCAAAGAAACCUGGCUCAGUAAUUUAUGCCUGUCUUGGUAGCAUAUCUGGCCUCACAACUUGGCAACUCGUGGAGCUUGGUUUAGGCCUGGAAGCGUCAAACCAGGCAUUUAUAUGGGUUAUAAGAGGAGGCAAAAAAUCAGAAGGAUUAGAGAAGUGGAUUGCGGAGGAAGGUUUUGAAGAAAGGGUUAAAGAUAGAGGNAUGAGG